AUGGCGAAGGGGCCGGGCUCGCUGAGUCGGCGGCGCAGGCCUGCCUGGCCCGCUCUCCCAGGUCUUGUGAAAGCCAGGGUGUGUGCACGCGGAGCUCACAAGACCGGGACGGUGGGAGCCCGGGACCAGCGCCGAGGACACGCAGCCGGUACCCGCCGCGUCUAUCCCCUGCAUGAGUCGUUUUUAAUUCCCUUUUUUAUUAAUGCCCUUUUCAGGUUUGAUCAUGUACCUUUAGCAACACCAAAUGGAGACAUCUUGAUCCGAGAUCUUAGUUUUGAAGUUCGAUCUGGAGCCAAUGUUCUCAUUUGUGGUCCAAAUGGAUGUGGAAAGAGUUCCCUCUUCCGUGUUCUUGGUGAAUUAUGGCCUCUUUUUGGAGGGCGUCUUACUAAACCUGAGAGAGGAAAGUUAUUUUAUGUUCCUCAGCGACCCUAUAUGACCCUGGGAACACUGAGAGACCAAGUGAUCUAUCCAGACGGAAAAGAGGAUCAGAAGAAGAAGGGGAUAUCUGACCAGGUGCUGAAAGAGUACUUGGAUAAUGUGCAGUUAGGUCAUAUUCUUGAACGGGAAGGAGGCUGGGACAGUGUUCAGGACUGGAUGGAUGUACUCAGCGGAGGAGAGAAACAAAGGAUGGCGAUGGCAAGAUUGUUUUAUCAUAAACCCCAGUUUGCCAUUCUGGAUGAGUGCACAAGCGCAGUUAGUGUUGAUGUGGAAGACUACAUUUACAGCCACUGUCGGAAGGUUGGCAUCACGCUCUUUACUGUUUCACACAGAAAAUCCCUGUGGAAACACCAUGAGUACUACCUGCAUAUGGACGGUAGAGGCAAUUAUGAAUUCAAGAAGAUCACAGAAGAUACAGUUGAGUUCGGAUCCUAGAGACCAUCUCGAGAACUUCCCCUGCUUCCAUGAAACAAGAAUGCAUUUGUUAAUGCACAGUGCAUUGUAAAAUAAGGUUAAGCUUGUUUUUUUUUUCAAAAAACAAAGCAACAAAUUGACUAGAUACAGGAUAAUUGAAAUGUUAAAACACUUAAUAUUGUAUAGGAUAUUGCUAAUUGUGUAUAUGUUGGUUUAAUUAUUAAUUAUGUACUAAGAAUGUCCUUAUUCUUGUGGUUAAAAAACCUGCCUGAAUUAAAUUGGGCUUAAAUCAGUGUGACCUGAUUCAUCCUGGGAUGUAAACCAUUUAAAGUCAACUAAUUUGACUUUUAUGGCUCUAUCAUUUCUUUUAAUGAAGAACCCUAUUUAAAACGGGGGUCAUUAGCUGUUCUAUUCUAACAAAGUAGUCUUGAGUUUUAUUUCUAUAUGCCCCAUGGUAAUGGGAACCAGCCAAUCACAAUGUAUUAUUAAACUAUACCAUCGGUACAGGAUAGCAUUUAUUACACAGUGGCAGAUUUCUUUAGCUGCUGCAUUUAUACUCAUUCCUCAUACAUGCUUUGAGGUGCAUUUGACUCCAAGAGAGCCGUUUGGGUUUUCUUUAGCUAACUACUAAAUGUACCCCCUCUCAGUGUCUUGGACUGAGUUGUUCUGGAGGUUCUUUGUGGUGGUGUGCAACAGUGUGUGCAGUUGUGCUUACGGCUUGUGGUUACUACACGCUACACCCAGUCUUUUCAACGUGUGGGACGUCCCGGCGUGAUCGCCCUGUGUCGAGCUCCAGGUCUUACCAGGAUUUUAGAUAUUUGUGCAGAGGACUGGACAAGUUCAUCAGGAAUGUGGGUGCGUAAUGGUGAACGCCGUGUGGCUGUAGAGGCCCUACAGGAAGUCCGCACGCUGAGCACGCAGUGCACGCAGUGCUAGUGCUGUCCUCAUCUGCGGUUUUAUGUUCCUAGAAAUGCUAAACAUUAUCAUGCACAUGGGUGAAUGACAUUUCAGGAACUGUCUGGCUCCUGAACAACUGCAUUUGCAUCGGGAUUACUGUGUUGAGAAAUCAUCUCUGGCUCCAAGCACCAUUAAUGACUACAUGUGUUGUGUGCAUGAAGGAGAGCCAAGACUGAACGGGAUCAAUAAGUGGUUGUGAAAUUAGUUUUAUCAAAUGGGUUCAGAAAGGGGCAGUUGAUAGUCUUUUUUCUGCAUAACUCAGAAUCACUGGCUACCGAAAUAACCUUGAUGUGUUGAUUCCAUCAAUACAUCACAUUCAAUUUCUCCGUGUCUCCUCAGCAAACUUGUAUACUUAUUUUCUGUUCAGAUUAAAAAAAAAUUGGAUAAAAUA